AUGUCCCAACUUGGCCUCUUGGCGUGCUACGCUGGUCUCCUCGCCGGGGCAGCGGCACCGAACUUUUCAGCAGGAGUCCCCAUUCGCUCUGCUAUUGUCAAUCCGCACCGCAAGAGCCUAGAGAUAAAGCCACCUUCCUUCGCUCACGUGGCAGCGGCACCUGCUGCUGAAGAGAAAACUGAUGCAUGCUUGCCCAUUCUUAAUGCCUUGCGAACGGAAGGGCUAGGCGGAUUAUUGAGCGAGCUCGUUAAAGCAACUAGCGAUGAAGUUAAAUCAAGUCUUUCUCCUCCAACAAAGAGUGAUACCAAAACUAGCGUCACUGACAUCGUGAAAGAGCUCGCAGGGGAAAGCAAAGACAGCUGUGAUGCAACGAAUGCCAAUACGUCGAAGUAUUCUGGACUUGUUAUUACUUUUGAACAUUCUACAACGUUCGACUGCGGGGCUCUGAUCAAGGAAUCUUUCACUGCAGGACUGCGCCAUCUCGAACAAGAGAACUACGACGCGUCGGCUCAAACCAAUAAAUUGGGCGUGGAGCCACUGAACGACCCAGCGGCAAAAAAUCUUGCGGCCAUAGUGUCUACUAAAGCGGGGAAAGUGUCGUGUGCCGCCACUACAGAUUGUACAGCCGGUAGCAAUGUGUUAUUUUGCUAUUUCAUAGAGCCUCUAGCAGCGGACGAAGCACGGCCAAUCGAGACUGAAGUAUAUGAAGCGCUUCUGAAGCGACAGCGGGGCUCAGCGUCCAUCACAGUCCCUGCCAUUACAGUUACGCUUUUCUUUCUCACGUUGAUAAUGUUGGGUUGA